AUGGCAUCCCUCGUCCUUCCCCAGCUCGACGGCCCCGCCGAAACCCGCAAGGCGAACAAGAAGAAAGCCAACAAGAAAAAGAAGGACAAGAAGCUGAACAAGGCGGCGGCGGAAGACGACGCGGCUGCCUCGAACGCGCAGCGGAAAUGCGAGUCGCCGCCGGAGUAUAGGAAUGUCCCUGCCAAGGAGCAGGUGCGUGCGCCGGCUGGGCUGGAGAGUCUGGGUCUGCCGCUGGUUAUUGAUGGGGCGUCGUGGGGGGAGAGGGUUGGAACGGGUCUGGGACAGAAUGGCUAUGGUAGCACCCAUGCAUCAAACCACCAGGAAACACUCUCUGUUGCGCAAAGCUCGGCUCCUACGCUACUCUCCCCGUCUGUUGCUGCUGCGCCCGCCGAGGACGCCGGCCGUGCCGAGAGCGCGCCACACACGCAUCCCGGCAAGCCUGCCGCGGACCAGGCUGCGCUGCCAUACUGCCAGAUCCACGGGACGGCGACCUGCCGGUUCGAUCCUGCGUGUUGGCCCGGCUGGACUGUGCGUGUCCUCGUCGGCCCUCGUGCUGCUGCGUUCAUCAUGCUGGCGAUUGCUGCACCUGUGCGUAUAGUUCGACAGGCGCGUAUGUCAAUGGAGCGUAUCGGACGCCGGGGGCUUACCAUGGGCUACCCUCGGUUCUACCGCAGUGGAUGGGCAGACCUGAGGGGCUGGCUAGGGUUUCUCAUCGGGGGCCCGCCGGCCACUGGUCCGUUGGGGAGGAUGUGGAAGUUCAUCAGGUACGGGUCACCAUCAGCCACGAAGAAGAAAGCCGAUAUAGCUACGCAUGACAACGAGUUGUUGGCGACGUCCACGUACCUCCUUUGCCUCUUCGAUAGUGAGGACUUCCACGACUCGCGCUUCCUUUUAAAGUCAACCAAGGAUCACUUCCCGCCCAUCACCAUCCGCACACACAAGCUACUGAUUGCGCGCAGCCCGUUCGUCGCCUCUCUCUUGAGGGCAUCGACAAGCCAGCCGCAGGGGGUGUUCGAGAUCGUUGCGCUGGCCGGCGAGAAUUUUCUGCUGCUCAAGGCGUUUGAGGUCGCCCUCCAGAACCUCUACGGCCUGCCUCUCUUGAGCCAGGAACGGCUCCGCACCAUGACCCUCGCCAGCCUAGGAUACACGGAGGACAACAUCAAGAUGUCUCCGUAUCCGAUCAACACGGCCAUGGCGGAUUUUGCCAUGUGCUACGCCAGCUCUGGAGCCUUCCUGCAGCAGCGCGCGAUGGUCGAGACAGGCGUCCAGCUGAUCGUGGAGAACAUCACCUGGGACAACAUCGAGCUGAUCUUCUACUUUGGGUUCUGCAUCGCCAAUUUCGUCAUCACCUCGCCCCCCGCCCCCACAGAACCGCCGACAUCCUCCACACCCACAAACAGCACCGAAGCCGCAGACCAGCCCGAGGACACAACCGACGAGCUCCAGACAAAGUGGGCCCCGCACCUCCUCGCCGCAGCCCUCGACUUCGUCAUCAGCCACAUGCCCCGCGACUUCACUCUCUACCCCCAAGCCCACUGCAAGGGCAUGCCCGACCGCAUCCCAGAGUACCUACACACGACCGCUCCGCCGUCGCUCACGAACCCCAAGCUCGCGGACGUCAAAUUCGGCUCCUUCAGCACCGCCGAGGAAGAAGAGAAGCGCGGCCCGGAGACCGCCACCGUCACCGCCACCGUCACCGUCACCGUCACCACCUCCGCCGUCCUCGUCUGCCUGCCCUACGCGCAGCUCAGAGCCGCGUUCGUGAAGAUGAACGCCCGCCGCGUGCUCUCGAGCGAUCUCGCGCAGGCCAUCGUGCUGGAGCGCGAGACUCGGCGGCUGCAGGCGCUGCGUGCGUUUGCGCGCCUGUGCGCGCAGACCGGAGGUGCCGGUGCCGGUGUAGAUGCCGAGCAGGAAAUCCCGAGUGAGAUCCUGGAGCUGGGGUACGCGGAGUUUUAUACGUCGCGGAAUGUGUUUGCGCAUGCGCGCGAGGAGGAGGCGACGGUGUCGUUGGAGAUUUCGUUGGAGAGGGAGUGGAUUGGGUUGGCGGUUGGGGAGGUGAUGGUUAAGCAUCGGGUGCUUAGUGAUAAGAAGGAGUGA